AUGCUAAUCCCCACGCAUAAUUUCGCGGGCCAGCCUAUGACACCAAGAAACGGAACGUGGCUACUUCAGUGGUCUGCUCAAACCCGCGGUGUUGAGGCAGACAUAGAAUACAUGAAGGCUUCGGAGACCGCUGGCAUGCCCGCCAUUGUCGUCGAGAAGAUAGAGCCUGUGACUUGGGACGGGGAAAUCAACAAGGGCACCUGGGAGACGCUGGCGCCCUGGAAUCUUACCGCGUAUGAUUGA